CACCGCUCCUUCCUUUUCUUUCUUCCAUUCCCUUCCACAAAGUCAAUUACAAAUACACCACCUACUCUUCCAUUUUAUUUUCCCCUCACCGCCUCUCUCUCCCUCCCUCAUCCACCAAUCUUUUCCUCUUUCUGUCCUGGAUUCUCUCUCUCAAGAUCUUCUCUCUCCUCUGUAUAGUACGUACGUCCAAUGGAAACCAAUUGAAUCCCUAAUUUUUCUGCGAUCUUUUUGAAGGAUCAUAUUUACACCACAUAUUUUCCACAUUCUGCACCAUUUUUUCUCUCUCGAAAUCCGCGAUCUUGCUAUCAAACCACAUAUGCUCCUUUUCACUUGUGAUCUGUAUUUGUUCCAAAAUCAAUCCACUUACAUCCGUGGUACGUAGUUUUAAGCUUGAGAUUCUUCUAGUUUUCAGGGCAAUUUUUGAUCGCCGGAAACCUUCGAUUCUCGCCGAAAUCCUAGUGUUACUUGUAUUGGUAAUUAACUGUCAUUAUUUAAAGUUUCGAGGUCCUCUUUCCACAAGAGCUUGGGAGAGAAGGAAACUCUGUUUUGAACAAUGAAAGAUAGGGUUUGUGAGCUGUGUAGUGGAGAAGCUGCUCUGUAUUGUUCAUCAGAUUCUGCAUUUCUGUGCUGGAACUGUGAUACUAAGGUUCACGAGCAUAACUUCCUGGUAGCUCGCCACUUCCGCCGCACUAUUUGCUCCGUAUGCAAAAAUUUUGCCGGCGAUCGCAUCUCCGGCGUCGGAAUACGCCCGUACCGUGCGAUCUGCCAAUCGUGCUUACCUGAUUCUCCCGGAGACGAACUUGAAUCAUCGUAUUCGUCUUCGGUUUGUAUCUCCAGCACGGAGUCCUGCGCCACUCCUCCGAAGAAGAUCAAGUUCGACAGCAAAGUUUCCGGAGAACACUUGAAAGCUUCGGUGAGAUUUUCCGGUGAAGUUACGUCGGGGACAACGAUGAAAAGUGAAGUGACAACGAAGGUCAUAAGGAGCCGUCGUCAGUCGAAUGUGGACUCGAAGGCAGAGGGUAUUUUCGGAACGUGGUGCAGAAAACUUGGACUUGGUGGUGAUGUGGACGUAGUAAAGAUGUCCAGCGACGCGUUUGGGGUUUUUUCGGAGAAGUUGACGGUUUUACCCUUCCGUGUGCGCCUGGCGGCGUCGCUGUGGUUCUGUCUGAAACUGUGCGGUGACAGAUCGGCGUCCACGUGGCAGGUUCUGAAGAGGCUUGAGGAGAUCUCCGGCGUGCCGGCUAAGCUCAUAUUGGCCGCCGAGUCGAAGCUCGCUCGUGUGUUGAAAGUGAGAAAGCCACGACGCCAUGAAGAAGAGGAAGGCUGGGCUGAAUGCUCGACUUGAGCCGCCCAUGCUUCAUGCUGUUUGAUGAUGGCGGCUAGGUUUAUUAUUUAUCUUAAUAAUUUGGUUUUGUUUUAUUUUUGGAAUUCUGCCAAUAGUUUUGCAAGAAGUUAGGAUUUUUUUCAUUGGGUUUGAAACGGCUGUACACUUGAAAAUUGAAAUGGAUUAUGGUUUGAACAUCCCUUAAGUUUCUUGGAAGUGUUUUUUUUCCCUCUGGGUGGUUGUGGUCUUGAAAGAUGAGAGGUUUAUUAUAUGAAUACUUUAG